AUGGGAAAAUAUAAACUAAUCUAUUUCAACCGGAUGGGUCGUGCUGAAGUGAUUCGUUUACUGUUCGCACAGGCGAAUGUAGACUACGAGGACGUUCGUAUCACUGACAGUGAUUGGCCAGCAUUGAAACCAAAGGUACCUUUUGGACAUGUUCCGGUGCUCGAAGAAGAAAGCACUGGUCGAAUGCUGGGUGAAUCGACUGCAAUCGCUUUAUAUUUAGCGAAGAAAUUCGGACUGAACGGACAAGAUGACUGGGAUGCGGCUAAGAUUCAAGAGCUUUUUGGUGCAACAACGGAUUUUGUAAACCAUGCACUUCCAUUUUACAAAGAGACGAAUGAAGCUGAAAAAAAGAAACUGAUGGUUGCAUUUGAGAAAGAUCAUCUAGAACCAUUUUUUACACAAAUUGAUAAGAUCCUUCAGCAAAACGGUACAGGAUUUUUUGUCGGAAAACAGUUGUCGGUUGCUGACUUGAAUAUGUUGUGCAUGAUUGGACUGUUCGGUUCGUUAUUCCCAACGACGGCUAAUAAUUAUCCACAACUAAUCGCAUUCAAAGAUCGCAUGAUGAGCCAACCGAAUAUCAAGAAAUGGAUUGAAACACGACCAAAAACCGAUUUUUAA